CACCGCAGCUACGAGGAGUUCUGCACGCUGGACGGGCACCUGCACUGCUGCAUCUUCGACCGCCGCUUCUCCCAGCUGCCCGAGCUGCCACCGGCCUGCCAGCCCCGGGGCCAGGCUGAGAUGCUGGUGAUGAUGCUGCGGCAGUACUUGGAGAAGCUCUCUGCCAUUGUGGACAGCAACAUUAACUGUGGCCCUGUCCUCAGCUGGAUGGAGAUUGAUAACCAUGGCAACCGGCUGCUGGUGAACGAGGAGGCGUCGAUUAACGUCCCAGCUAUUGCAGCCGCCCACGUCAUCAAGCGCUACGCGGCCCAGGCUCCCGAUGAGCUGUCCUUCGAGGUGGGGGACAUUGUCUCAGUGAUCGACAUGCCUCCCAAGGAGGAGGCCAGCUGGUGGCGAGGCAAACACGGCUUCCAGGUCGGCUUCUUCCCCAGCGAGUGUGUCGAACUCUUCCCGGACCGCUUGGCACCAGGGCUCAAAGCAGACACAGACGGGACGGCUACCAGCAUCCCCGGCGUCCUUGCACCCCAGGGGCCCCUCUCCCCCACGUCAGGUAAGUAAGCUGGCUCUAAGCUAGAGAGGCGGGGCUAAGGUGCAUGAGACCCUGCAGUAACAUUCCCACCCCAGAGUGGCUGCAUCCCAGCCCUGAGCUGUCCAUGGGUGGUGGUGUAUGCGGCUGUUCCCGGCUGCCCCACCCCAGAGAUGGCUGCAUCCCAAGCCAGAUGAGCCAUCCAUGCUUCAGUCCCACGCCCUGUGGUGUCUCCACCUGGCAGACGGGGUUUAAUAGCUCUGUUUGGGGGCCAGACGGGGGGCCGGGGCAUCACUGAAGCUGGGUGGUCCUCUCUGGCCGCUGUGCAAGCGUCGCUCCCUCCGCAGAGCCUGGCGGUGGCAGG